AUGGCCGCCGUCAACGGCGCGGUGGAGAACGGGCAGCCCGACAAGAAGGUGCCACUGCCGCCGCCGCAGCUGCCGCGGCCCCUGCGGAGCCUGGAGGUGAAGUACACGAAGAUAUUUAUUAACAAUGAAUGGCACAACUCCACAAGUGGAAAGAAGUUUCCCACCUACAACCCUUCGACGCUGGAGAAAAUCUGUGAUAUUGAGGAAGGAGACAAGCCUGAUGUGGACAAUGCAGUGGAAGCAGCAAAGGCAGCAUUCCAGAGGGGAUCUCCAUGGAGACAGAUGGAUGCCCUGAGCAGAGGAUGCCUCCUGCACAAGCUGGCUGACCUUCUGGAGCGUGACAGAGCCAUCCUGGCAACUCUGGAGACGAUGGACACAGGAAAACCUUUUCUACAGGCUUACUUUGUUGACUUGGAGGGCUGUAUAAAAACACUGCGGUACUAUGCUGGCUGGGCUGAUAAGAUUCAGGGCAGAACCAUCCCAGUGGAUGAAAAUUUUGUCUGUUUCACCAGGCAUGAACCCAUGGGUGUCUGUGGAGCCAUAACUCCAUGGAACUUCCCGUUGCUCAUGCUGGUUUGGAAGAUGGCACCAGCGCUGUGCUGUGGAAACACUUUGGUUGUUAAGCCAGCUGAACAAACUCCCCUCACCUCGCUCUACAUUGGCUCACUGAUCAAGGAGGUGGGUUUCCCUCCAGGUGUAGUGAACAUUGUGCCAGGCUAUGGUCCAACAGCUGGAGCUGCUAUUUCUACCCAUCACAGCAUUGAUAAAAUUGCUUUUACUGGAUCAACAAAGGUUGGAAAACUGAUCAAGGAAGCUGCUUCUAAAAGCAACCUCAAAAGGGUGACAUUAGAGCUUGGAGGGAAAAACCCCUGCAUUGUGUGUGCAGAUGCAGACUUGGACUUGGCAGUGGAGUGUGCCCAUCAGGGUGUGUUCUUCAACCAAGGGCAGUGCUGCACGGCUGCCUCGCGAGUCUUCGUGGAGGAGCAGAUCUACCCUGAGUUCGUCAGGCGCAGCGUGGAGUACGCCACCAAGCGACUAGUCGGAGACCCCUUUGAUGCCAGAACUGAACAAGGGCCCCAGAUUGACCAAAACCAGUUUGAUAAAAUCCUGGAGCUGAUAGAGAGUGGGAAGAAAGAAGGGGCUAAGCUGGAGUGUGGGGGCCUUGCCAUUGAAGACAGAGGCCUGUUUAUAAAGCCCACUGUGUUUUCAGAGGUCACUGACAACAUGCGUAUCGCCAAAGAAGAGAUUUUUGGGCCAGUUCAGCCAAUUAUGAAGUUCAAGAGUCUAGAUGAGGUCAUCAGAAGAGCCAACAGCACAGAGUAUGGCCUAACUGCUGCAGUGUUCACAAAGAAUCUGGACAGAGCAUUAACACUCGCUGCGGCCCUGCAGUCAGGCACCGUCUGGAUCAACUGUUACAAUGCGCUCUAUGCACAGGCUCCUUUCGGUGGCUUUAAAAUGUCAGGCAAUGGCAGAGAACUCGGUGAAUACGCUUUGGCAGAAUAUACUGAAGUGAAAACAGUCACCAUUAAACUCUCCCAGAAGAGUUCGUGA